AUGUAUGCAGUUGUGACCUUGCAAAAUUCAGAAGAGGUGAUGGUGGUAGCAUCAAACUGGUUGAGCAUAGACAAGAAACAAUGUUACUGGCCUCCCUUCAAAUCAACAGAGAAGUGUAAGGAAGCUGUUCAGAACAGAGAUGAGCCUGCAAUAGGAUGGGAGAAAUUAAAUAUUAGCUUUCACGGAGAACAUGCCACUUUUGAUCAGGCUGAGGAGCAUCAAAAACAAGUUAAAGAACAGUAUAGAUCCAUUUAUUUAUUUUCAAUAAAUAUUUCCACUGAAUUCCCUGGAACAGCAAAAAGACAGAAACUUGAGUACAGUCAGGGACUGUCAAUUAAUCAGUUUCACCUGCCUUCUAUGCCAAUUACUUCCAGAAUGUCAGCUGACGGCAAGGAUGAGCUCCUCCAAAUGCUGAGAGACAUUAAGAGCACGGUUCAGGAAAACUCUGCUAUGUUAAAGAAACUACUCAAAGAAAAUACGGUUUCUGAGGUCCCCAGCAGUACCAGCCGGCCCUCUAAAGAUGUUAAAACAAACCCAAAACUGCCUGUUAGAACCUUUGAUGAUGUGUCCAGGAUUGAAAGAGAACUCAACAACACAAAAACACGCCAAAAAUAUGUGAAGUAUCUGUCAGGACGUGGAGGUUUUGGGCAAAAGGAUGUAAUUAAGUACAUAAUGCAACAUGUCAUAAUAGAUGAUCUGGCUAAGGAGUUCAACUGGCAGGGGAGAGGAGAUAAAAGGCCCUUCUCUAAGCUUAUUUUAGCAGAUGUGAUCAGAGAUGCUGCUCUGAAGCACAAAAUUAACCGGGUAGACUGCGAAACUGAAAUAAAAAAAUAUUUACAAAAAAUGAGUUACAAGGCUGAUCGACUUGGUCGGAAGAGACCAAGAGAGUAUGAAGGUUCUCAAAAUGAAAUCCUAAAUGUGACAUCUCACACAGCCCUUGACAGCACCAUCCAGUCAGUCAUUGAAAGUCAGCCUUUUUUUGUGUGA